AUGGAACGCGGUAAGGUAGAGAUAGUUUCGGCAGAUGAGUUAAGUGAAGUAGGUUCAUCUUUCAACCAACAAGAAAGUCCGCGUUUCCCUCCAUGGACCAGUUCACAGAUAAAUGCAAUGAUUUUGCCUCAAACUCGCAACAUAUGUGAUAAUACACAGAUGGCGACUUUAAAUGACGAAAUGUGGAAUGGACGCGAGACUAGACCGUCAGCGCCAUUGUUAACAUCAAUGCCAGAACCGAAUAUGAGACAAAUUCAGCAAUGUGACACAAAUCGGACACAGAAUACUGACAAACUGGACCGACUAUUAGAGUUAUUUGCAGACAUGAAACGAGACGUUACUCAGAAAAUUGACAUAUUAAACCAUACUAUGACCGAAAAUUUUGAACGGACGACAAAACAGAUGACAGAAUUAAAUAACACCACUCAACAGCUCAGCCAGCGAUUUGAGACAUUGUCCGAUCGAGUCACUAAACAGGCAGAAACUUUGGUUACAUUCACACACGAAACAAAACACAAUAUCACCCGAUGUGAGAAUCAGUUAACUCAAAUAGUUAAUGUGCAGCAGGAAGUGAACACUCGUGUGGAAGAGUUAGCUCAGGCCCACACUUCAGCUAGCUCCACCCAAGAAAAGCUGACUGAAGAAGUGGGAAAUAUUACCCAACAACUCACAAUGGUAGUUCUUGAACAAACCCACCUCAAAGAAAAGAUAGAAAAAUUAGAAGACCGAGCGGACCUCGCAUCACUAAACAACGACACCAACAUGGCCGAGAGAAUUGUACAUGAAUGUAAAUUGUGUGACGAUUAUCUGGACGAAAAACUUGAAACAAUUACACAGGACAUACUUUCAAAAGCAAAGACACAUGUUAAAGACGAGGCAAAACACAUAGAAGACGAAGUGACAAAAUUACGAGAUAAUGUUGUGCCAUGUUUGGCGAUUGGUGCAAACGUAUCGCUAGGAAACGACAAAACAGCUAAAACCAUGGCUAAUGACACAGACAGAACACCUAUUGUGAAAUCACCUAUUUCCAAUCAAAAUUACAAUGUGGAGCUUUCUUUUCCACCAAACGAGCAAUAUUACGGUACGACACCUAGAGUAGCAAGUGACACAAACUACGUCAAUACAGUUAUGCCAACCGGCAUGACCGAUGACACGUUUGUAAGACAUGGGUAUUUCCAGACAUUUUCCAGUGAGGACAAGCACAAAGUCCACCCUAUUGUGUUUAUUAGAUCAUUUGACGGUGUUUUUCCACGUAGUUGGUCAGAAGUCGAUAAAAUCAGAUACGUCACCAAUCUCAUGAGAGGACUAGCAGCUAAGUGGGAUCAAAUGGACGUAGUUUACAGAGGUUAUUCACGCCGUUCAAAUUUUAAUCAUAUUAGUAACCAAAAUCAGCACCCACCCCAAAGGAACCGUAGUGACGGUGGUUGGUGGAACCAUCCGUCCGCGCCGCGACACAAUACGAUGCCUGCGCGCGAAACAUAUUCAAAUGGAAACGUGUAUGACAGCAGGAACAACCGCAGAUAUUCGUGGAAUAAUAAUAAUAACAAUAAUUAUCACCCAUAUCAAAAUGGUAACUACAAGCAAAAUGAAAAUUACAGACAGUACAACAACAACAACAAUAGGAGACGUGAGAAUAACCGGUACAACCCGGGCUACUUUGACAGGAACAUGACAUAUAACAGACAUAAUUACAACCAAAACAAUUGCAAUCCCAACAAUCACCGACAGAAUAUGUGGAACACACAAAAUUCACGCAUGACAAAUCAUAACCCUCCACGGAAUCCGCCCCCGUUCCCUAGUACAGUUAUGCACUCCCCGCCACGAAGUAGCAAUAACAAUUGCGGCGCGCCAUCAGCUGACGCGUGGGCGCCAACCGGCCGGAAUGUAAACAUAGUGGAGCUGGUCAAUGAACCCGGCCAAACACAGCAGACGACGGAAAACAGUCGACGACCGAGCUAA